AUGGACUUCCACCUCCACGGCAGCUCCCCCUCCUCCUCCGACGACCGGCAGCACCCCGUCAACAACACCUCUAUCCAGACCCCCAACGGCCACUCCUCCGACCCUAUGCACUCCUGGUGGGAAUCCAUCUCCAGAGCUCGCUCCCGCAUCCACCUCCUAUCCUCCCUUCUUCCUCCGCCCGCCGCCGAAGACGAAGACCCGCUGUCGUCACUCGCCGACACCGACCGCCCAGCCAGAUCCCUCCUCCUCUCCUCCGCCGUUUACGCCUCCGUCUCCGCCGCCGCCCGCAACGGGAAGCCUGUCACGAUUUGCAUCCCCGAUCUAUCCCAACCCUCUCUUUAUCACGCCCCUCGCAAUAAGGCUAAGUCUUCAAACCCUAAUUCCAACCCGGGCAAGAAUCUGGUUGGGGUUUUGUCGCCUCCCCUGGAGCCUCAGAUGGCGGUUAAGUCCACCAAACGAGCAUCCAUUGUCGGCGUUGUUCUUGAUUGCUAUUACAAGCAGAUCUCCCAGAUGCCGAGCUGGUCGAAACUUGACUUCUGUAGAUUUGCUGCAGUUUGGGCUGGGGAGGAUUGCCCUUGUACCUCAGAUUUCGACCAGAAAUCAGAGAGUGUUAUCGAGAAUGGGGAUGGAUUUGGGAAUGGAAUUUCAGAUGGGGAUGAUGAGAUUGAAAGCGUGGGGGAAAGAGUCAAGGAUUUGGUAAUCCAGGAACAUAAUUCAACAGAUGGGGGAGAAAAAGGUGCACAAAUUCCUCUGCCAUGGGAAUUACUGCAGCCGGUUUUGAGGAUUUUGGGACAUUGUUUGCUGGGGCCGUUGAAUGCUGAUGAGGUGAAGGAUGCAGCAUCCAUAGCCGUUCGCCGAAUGUAUGCUCGAGCUUCACAUGAUUUGGUUCCUCAAGCUAUUUUGGCGACUAGGAGUUUGAUCCAACUAGAUAAACGGGCGCGUGAAUCAGCCAAGGCUGUAUUCACAGAGGCUGCUACUCCUUCUGGUUCGAAUGCCAACACACCAAGUAAAGCUAAGAAACCUGAGAUCCUUUUGGUUUCCAAGUGA